AUGUCAGAUAUAGAAUCAUUAGGCGGGGCCGCAGGUCUAUUCGAAGAGCCAGAGGACUUUCUUCCUCCCCCACCAAAACCUCAUUUUGCGGAAUACCAAAGGUCGCACAGCACUAAAGAGUCCAAAUCCGAUGUAACAGACAUCAAGCUUCGUCUCGUCGGUACGUCCCCGCUUUGGGGUCAUCUUUUGUGGAAUGCGGGGGUAUAUACAUCGAACCAUUUGGAUGCUCAUCCAGAACUGAUAAAGGGGAAAACUGUUUUAGAAUUGGGUGCUGCAGCAGCUCUACCUUCUGUCAUUUGUGCUUUGAACGGUGCUAAAAUGGUUGUUUCUACUGAUUAUCCUGAUCCUGAUCUAAUGGAAAAUAUUCGUUAUAAUAUAAAAACUAACGUUCCAGAAGGACUCGGCAACAUCAGUGCAGAGGGAUAUAUUUGGGGUAAUGAUUAUACUCCAUUGUUGGCCAACAUCAACAAGUCUAACAGUAGCAAUGAGAAGUUUGAUUUGAUCAUCUUGAGUGAUUUGGUUUUCAAUCAUACAGAGCAUCAUAAAUUACUUAGAACAACAAAGGACUUAUUGGCUGAAAAUGGUAAGGCGUUAGUAGUGUUUUCACCACAUAGACCAAAAUUGUUGGCAAAUGACUUGGAAUUUUUCCAAUUGGCUAACGAUGAGUUCAGUUUGGUUCCUGAGUUGAUCGAAAUGGUUAAUUGGAAACCAAUGUUCGAUGAAGAUGAAGAAACAGUCGAAAUCAGAUCUCGCGUUUACGCAUAUUAUCUAACCCAUAAAAAGUAA